AUGGCUGAGAUAAUUUUAUCACACUUCGCAGCCUCAGUUCUCCGGAAGGUAGCAUCCUUUGGCACCGAAUGGGCUGUUAAUGAGGUCAAGUCAGCAUGGAAUGUCAAGAAAGAAAUAGAGAAGUUGGAAAGGUCAUUGAGAUCAAUUUGUGCUGUUCUUCAAGAUGCCGAGAGUAAGCAGUCUAGUUCGCCUGCCCUCCAAGAGUGGCUGGAUAACUUGAAAGACGCAGUAUACAACACAGAUGAUGUAUUGGAUGAUGUGGCUACAAGAGUUCUAGAGCAAGAAGUACAUUAA